AUGCCUACCAGCACACGCAACCAGGAGCACGAACACGGCCGGCUGUUUGACUUCCAGGCCACGCUGCCGAAGCUGCCGGUGCCAGACCUCCCCAGCACCGUGCAAAAAUACAUCGAGUCUCUGGAGGCGGUCCUGCCGCGCGACAAGUUCCUGGAGAGCAAGCAGGUGGCCGAGGAGUUUGCAAAGUCGACCCAGGGCCAGGAAUUGCAGCAGCGGCUCGUGGAGCGCGCGGCCGAGCCGGGACGUGCAAACUGGCUCGAGGAGUGGUGGAACGACCUGAGCUACAUGGGCUACCGCGAUCCAGUGAUUCCCUACGUCAGCUACCACUACUCGUACAACGACGACCCAGAGUGCUCGACAGCGAGCCAGCGGGCAGCGCAUGUGGCGGUUGCGGCGCUGGCGUUCCGUGCGCAGCUUGUCGACGGCAGCUUGGCGCCUGAAAUGCAAAAGACCUCGCCGCUAUGCAGCCACAGCUACAAGUACAUGUUCAAUGCCUGCCGGAUCCCGCACAAGCCCUCGGACUUUUGCCGCACCGUCGACUAUGCAGCCAACGAAACCAUCACUGUGAUCCGCAGCAACCAGUUCUUCUCGGUGCCAAUUACGCAGCUGGGCAUGCCCCUGAGCACGGCCGAGUUUGUCGAGAUCUUUGAGCGCAUCAUCGAGCUUGCCGAUAGCCAGACUGCAGUGCCCGUGGGCGUGCUGACUGCGGAUAACCGCGACGCGUGGGCAGAUAACCGCCAGCUCUUGCUUAAUGUGGCUGGGAACGCCCAGGUGCUGGAUGCCAUCGAGUCGUCGGCGUUCGUCAUUGCCCUGGAUAAGGCGCAGCCGGUGACGCGUGAGGAACUGAGCCACGCGGUCUGGCACGGCGACGGACGCAGCCGCUGGUUCGACAAGCCCGUGCAGUUUAUUGUUACCGACAAUGCGCGCGCGGGCAUAUGCGGUGAGCACUCGAUGAUGGACGGCACGCCGACGCUGCGGCUGUCUGACUUUGUCAUUGGCUAUGAGCACGAGUGCCCUCAGCCCGCUCGCACCGACCUGGGCUUCUCUCGGCUGGAAUUCCAGACCCCACCCAAAGUCGUAGCAGCUGUGAAGCGUGCGGGUGAGUUCUUCGACACGGGAAUUGCCAAGCAGCACAUCUCAGUGCUGAACUACAAUGCGUACGGCAAGGAGCUGAUCAAGACCCUGAAGUGCUCGCCGGACGCCUUCGUGCAGAUGGUGAUCCAGCUCGCAUACAGCCGCCUCCACGGCUGUGUGCGGCCCACGUACGAGUCCAGCAUGACGCGCAAGUUCCUGCAUGGCCGCACCGAGACCUGCCGGUCGGUUUCGAAUGAGAGCGCUGCCUGGUGCCGCGCCAUGGCCGCCAAUGCCUCGCGCGCCGAGUGCGUCGAGCUGUUCCGCAAGGCCGCUGCCAAGCACACGCAGCUGACGCGCGAGGCCAUUGAGGGCAGAGGCGUCGACCGCCAUCUGCUGGGCCUGCGCAUGCUGGUGCAGCCGGGCGAGGAGAAGCCCGACAUCUUCGAGGACCCCGCCUACGCCUACUCGUCGCACUGGUACCUGUCGACGUCGCAGAUUUCCAGCGAGGGCUUUGCCAGCUACGGGUGGAGCGAGGUGUCGCCCAAGGGCUACGGCAUUGCGUACAACAUCAAGCGCGACAGCCUGAUGAUGCACAUUGCCUGCAUGCGCAACGAGUUUGGCCUCAACUCUGACCACCUCGCCUACUACCUGGAGCAGGCCGCCAACGAUGUGCGCAAGCUAUUGGCGCAGUAG